GUAUUGCGAGCAACGUAAACAGACCGCAAUCGAAAAGUUAACUUCGAAAUGUGGUUGCAUGAGGCGAGCCAAAGUCUGGGCCUGCUGCUACUCUGCCUGGUUUUGGGACUGCCCAGUAGCCGCAUGAAUGUGCCCAACUACUCGGAGUACGAUGCCCCGAAUCGUUAUGAUCCGAGGCGUCCUCUGUCGCAGGAUCCAAGCCAAUUUGGACGUCGCUAUACGCCCAACAGACAGUCGCUCUCGCAGCCGCUGUACAACCGUGCCGGAGGUGCACACUAUGAAGUUUUGAGGCCUUUGGAACAGCCACCGAAGCGGCGUGAGCAUCUGAUUCGCUCCCACGAGACGCUCUUCGACAAGGUACAGCACAAGUGCCGCAUCUGGGUGCCUCCUGAAACGGUCUUCAAGUACCCGCAUGCCAACACCAUUCAGACAGAUCUGGCCAACAAGUUAGCCCUGAUCGAGGUCUGCUGCACGGGCUACUCGGCCAGCCGCCUGCUGGGAGUGACCCAGUGCCGUCCCCUGUGCGGUUGUCAGAACGGAAGCUGCCGCUCACCAGGGGAAUGUGACUGCUACGAGGGCUUUGUGAAGAACGACAACGGGGACUGUGUGUUCGCCUGUCCGCUGGGAUGCCAGAACGGCCGCUGCUUCCUCGACGGCAGCUGUCUCUGCGAUCCUGGCUACAAGCUGGACGAGACCAGACGCUUUUGCCGGCCCAUCUGCAGCAGCGGUUGUGGCAACAGCCAGCGCCACAACUGCACGGAGCCCGAGGUGUGUGGCUGCUCCAAGGGCUACCAACUCACCGACGAUGGCUGUCAGCCAGUCUGCGAGCCGGACUGCGGCAUUGGCGGACUCUGCAGGGACAGCAACGAGUGCGAGUGCGGACCGGGAUACAUGCUGAAGGAUGGUGUCUGUCAGACCGACUGCUAUCAAAAGUGCAGCAAUGGCGUUUGUGUCAGUCGGAACCGAUGCAUCUGUGAUCCGGGCUUUGGCUACCACGAACCUUCGACAAUGUGUAUUCCGGUCUAGACGCUAAGCUCAAAGCUCAAGUAAACCUUCGAUUAUGCA